AUGGCAGCGCACAGGAUUUGGAUAUUAUUUGGAGUUGCAACUACUCUCGGGACAUUACUGGUUCAGGUGCAGUGUAAUGAGGAGUCGCAUCUGAUCGGUGACUUGUUCAAAAGUUACAACAAGAAUAUUCGCCCAGUGGUUCAUCCUGAAGACAAGGUGCAGGUCCAGAUCAAGCUGACCCUCACCAACCUUAUCUCUCUGAAUGAAAAGGAGGAGACUCUGACGACCAAUGUGUGGAUUGAGAUUCAAUGGACUGAUUAUCGCCUUGCUUGGAACAUAUCUGAAUAUUAUGGAAUCGAACUCAUUCGUGUCCCAUGCAACACUGUUUGGCUUCCUGACAUUGUCCUUGAGAACAACAUUGAUGGCAAGUUUGAUGUGGCUUACUAUGCCAAUGUGUUGAUCGGCAGCAGUGGUUGGAUGUACUGGCUGCCUCCUGCUAUCUACCGCAGCACUUGUGCCAUUGAGAUCACCUUCUUCCCGUUUGAUUAUCAAAACUGCACACUAGCAUUCAGAUCCCAGACAUACAGUGCCAAUGAAGUUGAUCUCAUCUUAGCUGUCAGUGAAACAGAUGAAACUAUUGAGUGGGUGGACAUCGACCCUGCGGCUUUCACAGAGAAUGGUGAGUGGGCCAUCGUCCAUCGUCCAGCCAGGAAGAUGAUCAACACACGGUAUUCCCCUGAUGACCUAGAGUAUCAGGAGAUCACGUUCAAUCUGAUCAUCCAAAGGAAGCCCCUCUUCUAUGUCAUCAAUGUCAUCCUGCCUUGCUCCCUCAUCUCCUCAUUGGUGGUACUGGCCUACUUCCUACCUGCACAAGCUGGGGGACAAAAGUUGACUGUGUCCAUCUCUGUCCUGCUGGCUCAGACUGUUUUCCUCUUUCUUAUUGCUCAGAAGAUCCCUGAGACGUCGCUCUCUGUCCCUCUCAUCGGCAAGUACCUGAUCUUUGUUAUGUGUGUCACUACUCUCAUUGCUACUAAUCAAAUUGUGGUGCUGAACUUCUCCCUGCGUAGCCCCAACACUCAUACCAUGUCUCAUACCAUCAAACAUGUGUUCCUGGAAAUGGUACCUCGCUUCCUAGGCAUGUCCCCACUGGUGGAUGACAGUGAGGUGACAACAGAGGUAAACGGAGUGAGGGAGCGGCGGCGCAGCUCCUUUGGCCUCAUGCAGAGAGCUGAGGAAUACGUACUGAAACAACCUCGCAGUGAAAUGAUGUUUGACAAACAAAGGGAGAGACAUGGUCUCACACGAUCGAUUGUGGAUAAUAUAGAUGUCAGCAGCACAGCCAACCUGUAUAAGAGUUUGGCCCAAGCUGCUCCUGAAAUCAAGCAGUGUGUGGAUGCCUGCAAUUUCAUUGCUGAGAGUACAAGACAACAAAAUAACUUUGGAUCUGAAAUUGAAAGCUGGGUUCUGAUUGGGAAGAUGAUUGACAAGGUGUGUUUCUGGGCUGCCUUUCUCCUCUUCAUCAUCGGUACAGUGGGGAUCUUCUUAACAGGACACUUCAACCGGGCACCUGAAUUUCCAUUUCCUGGGCAGAGCAAAAAAUUUCUCCCGAGUUAA